AAAUCUGAGCGUGUUACAGCGAAGCAAAUCGAUAAAAAUGGAUCUCGAACAAAUCCAUCAGGAAGCGCGACAAGCGGCCCUAAACGAAGUGAAAAACAUGUUCCAACGUUCAAACCAGAUGGAGAAAGUGGAUCAGUACCGGCGACGCAUCUAUCGUAAGAAUCUUUCGAUGGACGCACAGCUGAAGACGUGCAUGCAAAAUCAAACCGAUGAUGUGAAAAUAGGCGUGAAGAAACUGCAGACCGCGCUAGAUCAAAUCCAAGAGAUCGGCGACCGCAUGAAGAACGCCUUUGCCAUGUUGACCGACGUUCCGACCGUUUACGAUACGCUGGAAAGUGUGCGGGACGAAAAUGCGAAACAUUCCCAGUACAUGACGGCGAUGGAGAACUUGAAGCACAUCUUCACGGUUCAGUCGAGCGUAGAUAAAGCGAUGCAGUGGAUCGAGGAGGACAAACUACUGCACGCCCAUCAAUGUUUGUCCGAUUUGGAAAAUUCUCGCGAUGAUCUGCUUUACGAGCUGCACAAACUCCCGAAACAGAACGCACACGAUAAAAUAACUCUCAAACGGUACUUCGAAAAAGUGGAAACGGUAUCGAUGACGCUGGAGAAGAAAAUAAGGUUGGUGCUGCAACGUACACUCAACACGGUACGCAAAGAACCGACCGUUAUUGUCACGGCAUUACGUAUUAUCGAACGAGAGGAAAAGGCCGAUGCGUUUGCAUUACAGCAGCAGAAAAAUACGGGCUUCAUAGCACCUGGCCGUCCAAAGCGUUGGCGGCAGAAGGCACUGGAUGUAUUGAACGAUUCGGUUGUACAGCGUAUCGAAGGUUCGAAGUUAGAGGAACGAUCGGAUAACAAGAUGUGGCUUGUGCGCGAUCUCGAACUCACGAGACAGUUUUUGCUGGAAGAUUUGCGUGUUGUAAAAUCACUUUGCGUGCCUUGCUUCCCUCCGCACUACAAUAUACUGAACGAGUAUGUUAAAAUGUACCACAAUGCGAUGUCGAAAUACCUUGAAGAACUGAUACAAACAGGCCUUGAAGGGAAUGAGUACGUCACGAUACUGUCCUGGAUCAUGAACACCUAUCCCGGUCGAGAGCUGAUGCAACAUCCGGACCUAAUGAUCGAUUUAUCCAACGUUGGUCCGUUGGUUAGUAAGCAACGCUUGCACGAAAUGGAAACCGCCUACCUGCGAACGAUGGAACGAAACUAUCAGGAAUGGAUGACGAAAACUCUCGAGACCGAGAAAACGGAUUGGAUAAAUGGGGUCGAGAUGGAGUCAACCGAUCAGUACUACCAUACGUCCGCGCCCAUGAUAAUUUAUCAGAUGAUUGAUCAAAAUCUUCAGGUCACCAACACGACCCACUCGGAUCUAACUUUCAAUGCGCUCAUCCUAAGCAUUCAACAGAUGACCAAGUACGGACACAUCUACCGUACGGCGGUUAUCGAGUACAAGGAACGACAUUUCCGCGACCGUAGCCAGGCCCCCUUCUUCACGCAACACAUCAUCACAAUCGUGAACAACUGUCAGCAAAUGAUAGAAAUUGCACAGCAACUCAAACAGCUAUAUUGGCCAAAAUCGAAAACGCAGCACUACGAAGAGUUUGAAAAGCUGGUCAAGACCUAUCAAACGUUGCGCGAUGAAACGGGACUGGUUCUGCUCGAGGAAGCGUUUCUCGAUCUUGAAGGACACUUUAACGAACUGUUCACUGCCAAGUGGACAACCUCGUCAGUGUCGGUUGAUACCAUUUGCGUGACGCUCGAGGACUACUUUCAGGACUACAAUCAUCUGCGUACCGCGAAUUUUGAGUAUGUUAUCGGCGAGGCACAGAAAAUGGUCGCAAAGCGCUACAUCAAAGCAAUGCUUUCGAAGCGUUUGAACAAAAAUCGUGCCGAGUGCGAGGUGCUGGCGAAGAAAAUAGCUAAAGAAGCGAAACAGAUAAAGGUGUUUUUCGAAAAGGUGGCACCAAAUGUAGCGAAAGGUGAUUCACCGAUUGACGUCAUUUCCAACCUGGCUGGACUACUGAACUGUGAUGCGGAGAUGCUGGUGCUUGAUUUACACUCCGUGCUGUCGUCGUAUCCUUCGAUCACUGAGGAUCAUCUGGUUCGGUUGUUUUACCUACGCAGUGAUUUUAAAAGCAGCGAGCUCAAGGAAAAGGUGCAGGAUGCGCUGAUGUCGAGAAAAUCAACCAUCAGCCACGACAAGCAGGAUGCAAUCUUUAAGGAGAUAGUAUUUUCUGAUAAGCUGUGGUAAGUAGUAUAUUU